AUGAAUUUGAAAAGAAUUUGCUAAAAUCACAAACACAUUCCACGCGAGAAGAGAGUUAAAGAGAGAUAAAUCAGCUAUGUCAAAGGAAAAGUUGAUGAGUGGCGUAAUCUCUAUGAACAUGGCUUCAUUAAUCCUCGUGGGGAAAAUGAAAAAGUGAAUUUAGACGUAGCAGCUUAAAUUGUUGGUCUCUCAAGAAAAACUUUAGAUGAUUAUUAUGCCUAAUUGCGUAAGGCUCAAAAAUAUGGUUUUGAUUUUGACACAAAUUCUUCUGAGAAGAUGGGUACACUUAGAAAGUACGUCAAAAAGAUGUCAGAAAAAGACGUCAACGCAGGAGAUGAUGAAUCCCUAGACACUGAUAAUAAUACCAGCUCUAAGAGCAAUUUCAAUACUCCUCAACUUAAGCCCUCUAUCCCCUCAGAUAUAAUCAAGCAAGAGUUAUCAAUGUCUGUCGGACAUCCUUCCAACGCUCGCAAAUACUCUGAAAACAACUUAGACUUGUCUCGCUAGACUUCAAUCCCCUUAAAGCAUGCAAUUUCGACUCCUCAAUAACAACAACCUCAAUCACUCUUCAACUAAGUGAAAAUUGAACCAACUAGCUACUCAUAGAAUAUUAUUAGCAUCCCUUAAACUUUGCAAUAGCAAAAAGAUGUCAUCAAAUCAAAUUAAUUUACCAUUUAAAACUAUAGCCAAAGCCAACAAUUCAAAAUUGAAAACUCUAACUACGAAGAAAAAGCCACUGAACAUUGCAUGAAUUUAGAAGAAGUUGAUAAUAACAACAAUAUGUGUAACAACGAAGAACCUAUGGAGCAAGAAGAUGAUGAUAACUUCACAGAUUACAUCAACUCUGAAAACAACCCAAAAGAAGAAUAAAACGACGACUGA